AUGGGCGGCAAUCGACGGAAGAAGAGAAAGAUCAAGGGAUCCAAGGAGGAGCCCGAGGAGCUGGUCAAGGCCCCGCACUCCUUCGUGAUCAAGCGCGGCGACGUCGGCAAGCACAUCGACCAGCUGAUGACCGACUUUCGCGCCGUCAUGGAGCCCUUCACCGCCUCGCACCUGAAGAUGCGCAAGAAGAACGUCAUCAAGGACUUCGUCAGCAUCAGCUCCUACCUCAACGUCACCCACCUGGCCAUCUUCACCCGCACCAACAACAGCCCCUACUUCCGGCUGGCCCGCCUCCCGCGCGGCCCCACCAUCACCUACAAGGUGGUGGAGUACACGCUGACGCACGACGUCAUCUCCUCGAUGCGCAAGCCGCACGUCAAUCCGAGCCUUUUCCACGCCUCGCCGCUACUGGUUCUAAAUGGCUUUUCCGGUGCUUCAGCCGGUGAAGAUGACGUGAAGACGAAGCUGACCACCUCCAUGUGGCGGAACAUGUUCCCCUCGAUUGACAUCCACAAGGUGCAGCUCAGUAAGAUUCGCCGCUGCGUCCUGCUCAAUGCCGAUCCGGAGACGGGGCUGAUUGACUUUCGCCACUACGCCAUCAAGGUGAAACCGGUGGGGCUGACGGGAACGGUGCGGAAGCUGUUGACGGGGAAGAGGGUGCCCGAUCUGGGCGCCUUCCGAAGUGUUGAGGAGGCGAUGGAAAGGGAUGGCGCCGGCUUUACCGAGUCCGAGGGUGAGAUGGCCGACGAGGUGGAGGACAGCCGCCAUGUGACGCUGCCGCAGCGGAUGCACACCAGGGGCAAUCUGCUGAAUGAGAAGAGCUCCAUCAGACUAAUCGAACUGGGCCCGCGGAUGAAGCUCGAGCUGGUGAAAAUAGAAAACGGCAUCAUGGGCGGCGAGGUACUGCACCACGCCUACAUCACCAAGACCCGUGAGGAGGUGAAGGAGCUGAAGACGGCCGCCGAGCAACGCGCCUUCCUCAAGCUGUCCCGCAAGAAGCAGCAGGAGGAGAAUGUGAAACGGAAGCUGCAGGAGAAGGACCGGGCGCGGGCAGAGGUGGAGAAGCGAAGGGCGGCGGUGGAGGCCGAGGCCACCGGGGAGUUCAAGAGACCACAGCCACGGAAGACCAAAACUGAUGAGAAUGAUCAGAAGAAGAAGAAAGUGGUCAUCGACACGGGCAACGAAGCUGACGUUGAGGACGACGGUGACGAUGCCGACGAUGACAACAUUGACGACGAUGAGUACGACAUCUCCGACGAGGAGAUGCUGCCCCUAGAUGACGCCGAUCUCUAG